GUUUGUUUCAUUUUUUUUCCCUUCUGUUUUGGAGUUUUUGAAAUUUUCAUCUGUUUGCUUAGUUUCCCAAAUUUCAGGCAAUGUCUGGUCGAGGCGGUGGUGGACGUGGCAGUGGUCGGGGUGGUGGUCGACGUGGCCGGGGGCAGGACCAUGGUCGCGGCCAACCUUCACAGUCUUCCUCUCGCGGCGGCGGCGGUAGAGCAAGAGGCCGUGGAUCAUCUGGUUCUACUGCAACUUAUAACCCCCCUCCUCCUCAGAUGGCUCCGGCUCAGCCGCCUCCUCAAAUGGCUGUAGCUCCGCCAGUUCCUCCAUCGGGGGCUGCUUUUUCUCAUCCUUCUUCAAGUUCUGGUGUAGGAUCACUUUCCAGAGAGGUAUCGGAGAAGCUUACAAUGGAGCCGGUGGCUGUGACUACGGCGCCUCCUCUUCCUCCGUCGUUGUCAAAGGCGACUAGGCCCCCUCCAAGACCGGGGUUCGGCACGGUUGGUACAAAAUGUCUGGUUAGAGCCAACCAUUUUCUCAUAGAUGUUGCUAAUGCCGAUCUUUAUCACUACGAUGCCGAUCUUCAUCACUACGAUGUUACUAUAAAGCCCGAGGUAACCUCAAAAAAGCUUAACAGAGCCAUAAUGAAGCAACUUAUUGAUGUAUACGAAGAGUCGCAUCUUGGACGUCGGUGUCCAGCUUAUGAUGGCAGGAAGAGUUUGUACACUGCUGGUCCUCUUCCCUUCGAGUCAAAGGAGCUUGUUAUCAAGCUAACUGAGGAAGAUUGGAGGGAGCGACAAUUUAAGGUUGCAAUCAAACUGGCCUCCAAGCCAGACCUUCAUUAUCUGAGGGAGUUUUUGAGCGGAAGGCAUUUUGAAUGCCCUCAAGAAGCUAUUCAAGUUCUGGAUGUUGUUCUUAGAGCUAAACCAUCUCAGAUAUAUACUGAGGUGGGAAGGUCUUUUUUCCAUACAUCAUUAGGUCCUAGAGGAGAACUUGGUAAUGGAAUAGAAUACUGGUGUGGAUAUUAUCAGUGUCUUCGACCCACUCAGAUGGGUUUAUCUCUUAUUAUUGAUGCGUCUGCUCGAUCAUUCUAUGAGCCAAUUUUAGUUUCAGAGUUUGUUGUGAAACAUUUCCGGCUAUCAAACCUGUCAAAGCCGCUGUCUGAUCAAGAUCGUAUUAAAGUGAAAAAGGCCUUGAUGGGAGUAAGAGUUAGGCUCAUCUGCAUGAAUUAUGCCAAAACUUGCAAGAUUAUUGGAGUAUCUAGAGACCCUAUAAGCCAGUUGACAUUUACUCUUGAUGAUAAGAGAACAAAUGUCUCUGUGGUCAAGUAUUUCCGUGAGGAAUACAAUGUUGUGCUUAAAUAUCCAUCCUUGCCUGCACUUCAAAGGGGAAGUGAAGCUAGACCUGUCUAUCUGCCAAUGGAGCUUUGUAGUAUCGUUGAGGGUCAAAGAUACACAAAAAAACUAAAUGAACAACAAGUUAGAUCUCUGCUGAGAGCAACUUGUCAACGUCCGAACAUUAGGGAGGGGAAUAUUACAAAGAUGCUCCCGGUCAAUAAAUUUGGAAUGGAUGUUUGCAAAGAACUUGCAGUGAUUGAAGCACGAGUUCUAAAUCCUCCAGCGCUAUAGUAUCACGAUAGUGGACGUGACAAAAUUGUUAAUCCUAGUUGUGGGCAAUGGAACAUGAUCAACAAGAAAAUGGUCAAUGGGGGUAAAGUCGAUUUCUGGACUUGUGUGAACUUCUCCUCGGGUUAUUGGAAUAUGUCAAAAGGCUUCUGUGCGGAGCUGGUGAAAAUGUGUAACAGCAAAGGAAUGGUGUUUUGCCAAACUCCUUCAAUUGCAAUGCCAUCAGCUCGUGCUGAUCGAAUUGAUCAGACUCUCAUGGAUGUAUACAAAGAGUCUGCAGGCUUGAAUAAGCCACUUCAGUUGUUGAUAAUUAUCUUACCUGAUCAGACUGGCUCUUACGGAAAAAUAAAGCGAAUUUGUGAGACGGAGUUAGGUAUUGUUUCACAAUGUUGUAAGCCUGUGCAAGCUGCAAAGUUUAGCAAUCAAUAUUUUGAAAAUGUUGCUCUCAAGAUCAAUGCUAAGGUUGGGGGGUGAAAUACUGUGCUGAACGAUGCUAUUUUAAGGAGAAUUCCGCUUGUAACUGAUGUCCCUACAAUCAUUUUUGGGGCAUGUGUCAGUCAUCCGCCGCCUGGCGAAGACUCUAGUUCUUCUAUAGCUGCAGUCGUUGCUUCAAUGGAUUGGCCUGAGUUAACCAAGUAUCGUGGAGUUGUCUCUGCACAGACUGACCGGGUGGAAAUAAUCCAGGAUCUUUAUAAACAAACUAAGGAUCCACAGAAGGGUUUAGUUGAGGGUGGAAUGGUUAGGGAAAUGCUUCUUGCGUUCUACAGGUCAACGAAACAAAAGCCUUCUAGAAUUAUCUUCUAUAGAGUGGUGUUAGUGAAGGACAAUUCAGCCAAGUUUUGCUUUAUGAAAUGGAUGCGAUUCGGAAGGCUUGUUCCUCGCUACAGGAAGGAUAUAUGCCUCGGGUUACAUUUGUUGUGGUUCAAAAGAGGCAUCAUACUCGCCUAUUCCCUACUGAUCGCAACAAAACUGAUAGGAGUGGCAACAUAUUACCAGGGGACAAGCAAGCCCACACAUUACCACGUUUUGUUGGAUGAAAAUGGCUUCACUGCUGACAUCUUGCAAGUGCUCACAAACAGUUUAUGUUACACGUAUGCGAGGUGUACCAAGUCCGUUUCCAUAGUGCCUCCGGCGUACUAUGCUCACCUCGCUGCUUUUAGGGCACGCUAUUAUAUUGAGGAUGAGAUGUGGGAUAGUGGGUCUACUGGUAUGGAGGUUAGGCCGCUCCCCAGCAUAAAGGAUAAUGUGAAGGAAGUGAUGUUCUACGUCUGAUAAAUUAUGUUUGGUUGAUGGUGGAAAGUUGUGCGAGUAUAGUUGCAGUUUGUGGAUGAUGGUGGAGUCUUAUUUAAUUUUGGGGUUUAGGGUUUGGUGGUUGAGCGAAAUGUUGUCUGAAGUUUAGAUGAUUAUAUUGCACACACUGUUUGCGGAUUACGAAAAUUUCAUAAAUGUCCUUUAUUUUUAAGACACCUUCUUAGAAAGGAUUUUUAGUAUCAUUCUUAAUCUUCUUUUCUUUUAGAUCACCGAUUAAUACAAGUGAUGAAAUUUUAAAGAAUAA